AGGUCUUGAGUGUUUCAGAUCUCACGUAUUGCCUUCCAUCAAAUUUACUUCUUCCAUUCGUCCCUUUCCCCUUACUGGGUUAGUCUUCACGCUGUGUAACAGAGUGAAGACGCGGAUAUGGUGUGGUCCAAAGGCAACGUGCUGACUUGCGGAAGCAACAAUGUCUCGACAUAAUAGGGUGAAUCCAACGAUCAACUUCAGUUACGUUGACGAAGCUCCGACCGUACCAGUUCAAUGAUAUCUAUUCCCAACAAUGGAUGUCCGCAGGCCCAAGAACCGUGAUACCUACUGCACCCAGCCCGACUAACACUAUUCGGACCAACUGGACUGUGCCAACAGGAACUGUGAAUCAAAUAAGUGUUCAGCAACCAAGGAAGGCCUGUCAGCAACAUGGGAACAUCGACCCAAGAUUGCAGGUCCCUCAUCCAUAUCUGUUACCACCAGGACCUCGAUCAAGUCCUACAGCCCAGCACAUCCCAGAGCCAAUUGCGAAUCCAAUAGCUCGCUUCUACCACCAGGACGACCCGCCAUGGAGCGCCCUUGAAAUGGGUAUGAGAAACCCUCAAGAGGACCCAAGUCGGAGCAACUUCCAUCAUACCCAGGAGAGCUAUAGCCAAUAUCGUCAAGGACCCUGUUCAGACAUUGGUAGUAAUGUUCCGGCGUCCGACUCUGGCUACUGCACGCAGCAGACUCGGUCAGUUCUGAGUAACGAACCCGGUCACGUUCAUCAAGAAUUGCCCCCGGACAUCAUGACCCACGCCAGGAACCUGAACGUCGGGUCUGAGAAUAGUGAGUUGCAGGCUAUGGUACGCAUAGCAUCGGAUCAGAGGUCCAUGUCACAGUACAGCAAUCGCAGUAGCCAUCAAAAGCAACAGUUUCCCUGUUCAGAACCAGGCUGCUCCAUGGUCUUGAAAUGUCAAUCUGAGCAUAAGAAGCACAUGCUCAAGCACGUCAAAGAUUUCAUCUGCAACAUACCUGGGUGCAAGAGGGGCAGUAACGGCUUUUCAACUGUUAAUGAUCUUGAUCGUCACAAGAAGAGCGUACACAAGAUUGGCUUGACCAACUCAAAGUCAUGGCAAUGCGCGGCCGGAAGCUGUACCAACAAGACCAAGAUAUGGCCGCGUUUGGAUAACUUCAAGCAGCACAUCGAAAGAAUGCACAAAGAAGAAGACAUGUUCGAGCUGAUCAAACGCUCGAAGUUCUAUCCUCAGGAGCCACAGACUGUGGUGCAACCGUUGUCCGUCGACCCAUCGCACUUGCUCGCAGGCAUGGGAUCCGAGUCUGCUUUAGCCAUUGAAGGCCCUGAUGACACCACAUUCUCCACAAAUCCACAAAGCUUCGAGUACCCGCAGUUCAUGUCGAUCAGUGGGCGCUCGAGCUCCAGCGCUUCCCAGGUUUCUCCCAGCACGAAUCCUCUUGGUGUAGCAAUGUCACAGUGUAGCACGGGUUCCUUCAACCGUACUGGUGGCAAUGCUUCCACGGGUCAAAGCUUCUCACAACCAACAGGGAGUCUACCAGAGGAACAAUCCGGUUGCCAGAAGUCUUUCUGUGUAUCAUCCGUUGGCGCAAUCACAAAGCCAACUUCAGCGCAAGUUUCUAAGCACAAUGGAAACACGACAUUGCCCCUUCAACUAUCGAAUACGGCGCAAACCAAGGCCGAACAACAACAACAACAACAACAACAACAACAACAACAACAACAACAACAACAACAACAACAACAACAACAACAACAACAACAACAACAACAACAACAGCGACAGGCUCUCGAGAAGCUCUCAAAAGCUAAUCUCGAAGAUAUUCUGCUUCGGGUUUUGGGCGAGCAAUCACAACAGGAUGGCACAAACGGGAGCCCAGUCGUUGUUCUUUCUGAAACCGACAGAUUGGCACUCGCAGACCUUGUCAAGCAAACCAUCAAGCCUCCACGAGCGCCACAACGUCGUUUGACUCAAGGAUCCUCUUCUGGUAUGCAACACUGCCCUUACGAGGACUGCAGCUUCACUGGCCGGACCUGCGACUUGAAUAAACAUGUGAAGAGGCACAAGAAGCCAUAUGGCUGUACCUACCCCAAGUGCCACAAGCGAUUCGGUGCUAAGUCGGACUGGAAACGUCAUGAGAAUUCCCAGCACUUCCAGCAAGAGGCUUUCCGUUGCGACUACCUGCACAGCUCGGGUCGGCGAUGCGGACAACACUACUACCGCAUGGCGCAGUUCCAGAAACACCUUGGGCUUGAGCACGAGAUCAUAUCGCAAGACAAAGUACAGGAAUAUCUUGCACGAUGCAGGAUAGGCAAGAAUCGCCAGAUUCAAUAUUGGUGCGGUUUCUGUUGCGAGAUCAAGAUACUUAAGACCAAGAGAAACCUUGCAUGGGAUGAGCGCUUCGACCAUAUCGCGAACCACUUUGAAAAAGAUUCGCCGAAGAAAUGCAUUGACGACUGGAUAUGCGUGGAAGAAAACAAGACAAAAAAAGAACUAAAGGACGAAAUAUUGUUGGCCAGAGAAAAAAAAGACGUAGAUGCUGAGAGCUCUAACGACGGCGAUGAACUGUCUCUUGCCGCAGAAGGCACAGCAUAUUCAUUCUCCGAGCCUACACAGGACACGUCCAGGAAGCGAUCAGCUCCUGCAGACACCAGUGACCCUUGUCCACCUACGAAGCGUAAGAAGACUGUGACGACGACAGUAUUCUAUUGUGUAAGUAUCAACUCAACAGUCUUUCAGAACCAAGCUAAUGUGCGAUAGUGCGGCUGUGGCUACGGUGGCUCAAUUGCUCUCCAAGACAGCUGCAUGAAUUGUAUGCACUUCUUCUGCGGAUCCUGUAGUGGUGAAACCGUCGCUUCUCGUUCGUUGGAAGAUUGAUGCGCGUUUUCUCCUUGCCUCGUUUUCGCAAUCAGAGGUCUUCCCUGAGAUUUGUUUUGAAAUCUGAGCGUUCCCUGUAGUACACCCAGCUGUUUUAGGGCGCGCACGCGUCUGCUGACUUCCUGAUCUUGAGUGUUCUUGAUGAUAGAUAACGCAGGAAAGGAGGCGA